AUGGAAGGCAUAGAGGAGCAUAAAGUUGCUUUCCAAAGCAAUCUGAGACCUGAGCGUGAAAUCAUCGAAGAAGCUUUGAAUUGAAAGCCUAUUGACAACACUGACGAUUAUAGAGUAGAAAAUGCAUACGCAUAUGGAGGAAUUGCCCUUCUUGAUAGUGCUGCAUUGUCGAAAAUGCGAAGCGUAGGAAAAGAAAUCGUCAAAGAAAUCGGCAGAAAAAUCCUGAGUGGUCACCUCAACCUCACACAAAUUUCCUUUCCUAUUAGAUGCAUGCAGGCAAAUACUGCUCUCCACAAUACACUGAAAGGAUCUCUUAUGAGCCCUCUGUAUUUGAAUAAAGCAGCAGCUACGUCAGAUCCGUUGGAAAGGAUGAAAUUGGUAAUUGUGUGCAGCAUUUCGUCGUAUAUACACACUUCAACUUUUCUAAAGCCUCUUAACCCUAUUUUAGGUGAAACUUUGCAUGCCCGACUGGAAGAUGGUGGAGAAAUGUGGGCGGAACAAACCAGUCACCAUCCACCAGUUUCCCACUUUUACAUUGAGGGUCCUAAUAAGAAUUAUGUGUGUCACGGCUAUUAUAAUUAUACAGCAAAAGCAGGGUUGAAUUCUGUAACAGUAAAAUUUAUGUAGAUUACCAACGUUGGAAAAAAGGUUUUUCAAUUCCCAGAUGGGCAGAUAAUCACUCAUAACUUGCCAAAUGAACUAUUCGCAGGGACGUUUUUCGGGACAAUGAGACAUGAAAGUUUAGGAGUUUUGGUAUUUACUGAUAAUUUAAAUAGAUACAAAGCAAAGGUGGAGUUUGCGUUCAAUAAAAACUUGCCAAGUGAUUAUAUAAGUGGAGAAAUUACUGAUGUGCAUGGGAAUAAAAUAAGUGAAAUAAGUGGGACUUAUUGUGGACAUAUUGAAAUUGACGGCAAGAGAUAUUGGGAUGCAAGACAUAUCAGACCAUUUAGAAUUGAUUAUGAUAUUAUUCUGCCAAGUGAUUCAGAAAUCAGAGAAGACAUUGUAACACUGAGAAGAGGCUUAGUUGACGAAGCGCAGGCUGCAAAGGAAGCUUUGGAGGUUCUACAGCGCCAUGAUAGAAAAUUGAGAGGUUCUAAACAUUAA